CCUUUCCCAUAUCUCCCCUCCUCCUCCAAAAGUCAGCGCCUCUUUUGUCUUCUUCUUCUUCUUCUCUUUAGAAAAGUCAAGGCAUAAAGCAAAGACACAACAAUAUGGAGGAAGAUUGGGAUCUACAUGCGGUGGUCAGAAGCUGCGCCGCCGCUAACUCCACCACCACUACCACCACUAGUUCUAGCGGCAGCGCCACCAUUUCUUCUUGUAAAUUCCAACCAAGACUAGAUGAUAUUAACUCUUUUUGCUUUCAAGAUCUGUCCUUUGACCCAAGAUUUACAACACAAAAUACUGCUUUUGAAGAGUUGCAUGAGCUCUGCAAGCCUUUCUUUAACGGAUCUCCGUUACAAAAAUCGCCCUUAAUUUCACCACAGAGAUUAUUACAAGAUCUACCACAAAGACAGCAGCAACAACAACAGCUUAACCAACUAAAUACAAAACUAAUUCAGCCCAUCAAACGAUCCUUGUCAUCAGUAAAUGGUGCUACUUUACAUGCUCAAAGCCCGAGAAGCAAAAGAAGGAAGAACCAAAUGAAGAAAGUAUGUCAAGUAGCUGCUGAUGCUUUAUCUUCUGAUAAGUGGUCUUGGAGAAAAUAUGGGCAAAAACCCAUUAAAGGUUCCCCAUACCCAAGGGGAUAUUACAAAUGUAGCACUUCAAAAGGAUGUUUGGCCCGAAAACAAGUGGAGCGAAAUAGAUCCGACCCGAAUAUGUUCAUAAUCACAUAUACAGCUGAGCAUAAUCAUCCUAUGCUCACACACAGAAAUUCCUUAGCCGGAAUCAGCCGCCAUAACAAAGAGACGAACUCAAACAAAACCACUAGCUCAUCGCCGGUAUCUUCGCCGGCGACUAACUCGCCGGCGCCGGAAAAUCAAGAAAGCAGCAGGGACGAGAAAGAAGACAUUUUUGAAGACGAAAAUGAUGAUUUCUUUGAGGGUUUGGAAGAAUUGGAAAGUCCCGCUGCCGGAGAUAGCUUGCCGGAGAAUUUUCCGGGGACUUUGCAGUUUCCUUGGAUGACGAAUAACGCCGCAACUACGGCGGCUGGCGGUGGUUGACCCGGAAAAAUAUACGUGGCUAAAGUUCAUGAAAUUAUGCUUUUCUUCUCACUGACUUUUCUUUUUUAUUUGUAGUAUCUUUUUGUCCGUUAGAGAUAGGAGAUAGAAAGGAAAAGAGAGAAUCUUGAAAUCAUAAUAUGUCUUCUUUAUUGAUUUUUGUACGUGUAACGUAUAAUUCCCUCCCCAAUCAUCAUAGAGAUAGAAAAGGAAAAAGUGUUUGAUUUAA